AUGGGUGACGUAGAACGGGAUACUCGAGCCAAGGAGCGAACGAUACUGCGUCGAGAUGGUGUCGUGGCCAGGAUUCGCCAUAUUCAUCAACUGGCUACUAGUUUAGCAACUAACCAGGCUGUUCGGCCUCAGUUAGCUGUUGCUAUUCAGGACCUGGAUGCAUUGUGGGCCAGUUUUGAGGUAGAAAAUAAUGAUUUGUUGUCAAUCCUAUCUAAUUUGAAUUUGCUGACAGAGUUUCCAGUAGGGUUGGAUGUUGAGAUCCGAUCUUACGUUCUCUGUGGUUUCUGUGAUGCUUCCGAGAAGGGAUAUGCGGCUGUAGCGUAUCUCCGCGUGACUGAUCCGUCCGGAGCUACGGCCACAUACCUCCUGGGUGCUAAAACCAAGCUAGCCCCAAUGAAGACCAUGACGAUACCACGACUGGAGUUAAGUGGUGCAUUGCUCCUUGCAUCAUGGUUGGCCAGGCUCAAGCGCAUUUUGGAGUUCCAGUUGGGAAUUUCUAAUGUCUUCGCGUGGUCUGAUUCGUCCAUAGUUUUAUCGUGGUUGAACAUCCCGCAUACGUCGUUCAAGACGUUCGUGUCGAACCGGAUAUUUCAGAUCCAGUCCGCAGUACCUGGUUGCUGCUGGCAACAUGUGCGUUCCGAGGAUAAUCCGGCUGACUGCGCGUCUCGAGGUCUCCUUCCUGACGAGCUUAAGCGAUGCAAGCUCUAUUGGCGGGGUCCGACCUUCUUGCAAUCUCCAGUCGAAGCUUGGUCUCAGGAAAUCCCACAGUUACAAUUGGAAGAGCUGCCGGAAGUAAAACCAGUGUGUUUAUUGACUCGUGAAGAUCCUCCGGUCGAAUGGUUUAUUCGGUUCUCCUCCUUUCAUCAGAUGAUCCGCGUAGUAGCUCAGGUACGUCGGUUCAUUCGGUUGUGUCAAAAGAGAAAGGUUGAGUUAGGGUUUUUGAAACAAUCUGAAUUGGAUGAGGCUAUGCUCGUGAUCGUUAGGAGCGCUCCGGAAUGCUAUUUGAGUCAGCUAGUAGUUGGCCUGCGUCGGGGGAGCCCGGUCCAGUCCAAGGCGUUAGCCCGCCUGUGCCCGUUCUUGGAUUCAGACGGCAUAAUCCGCGUUGGCGGACGGAUGCAGAACUCCAAUUGGUCGGAGAGAAGAAAGCAUCCUAUGCUAGUCCCGAAAGAGUCUCACUUAGCGGUUCUGAUUACACGUCAUUGGCAUCUUUAUGCAUGUCACGCUCGACCGCGGUUGCUCAUCGCUCUCGUUCAGCAGCGAUUUUGGGUCAUCGGCGUUCGCCUGAUAGUUCAUCGGGUGAUUCGCAAAUGCGUGUUAUGUGCGAAAAUGUCGGCUAAUCAUCCCCAACCCAUCAUGGCUGCUCUGCCAGGAUUCCGGGUCCGAGAAGCUCAUCCGUUUUCAACAGUCGGCAUAGAUUACGCGGGUCCCUUACAGAUGAAGGAACUCAGUCUGCGAAAGGCGCGCAUCGUAAAGGUUUACAUUGCGGUUUUUGUCUGUAUGACCACCAAAGCGGUGCACCUAGAACCAGUGUCUGCUCUCUCGACUGAGGCCUUCUUGUUGACUCUAGAUAGAUUCGUUGCUCGCCGUGGCCUACCGUCGUCCAUCUAUUCUGAUUGUGGCACCAAUUUUGUUGGUGCGGCGAGGCAGCUGCGUCUUUUGGUCAACAAUCCGGAUAGUAGAGAUCAGUUGUCAGGUCAUAUUGCGUGCGAAUGGCAUUUCAACCCUCCUGGUGCUCCCCAUUUUGGAGGAAUUUAG